UUGAAGAUUGUGCACAUCACGUGAGAUAGGAUUUGAAGUUUUGUGGUUUGGAAACCAUGGAACCUGUGCAGAUGGCCUCGUCGCUGACAGAAACUUUCUACGACUUAUACACCGGGCCUGUGCACCCUGCAAACCAUCACAACGUUUUCGCGCAUUCACAUCCACCCAGUGCUUUAUGGACACCCCGGAUGGAUACUUACUCGUCGGGUACUGGAGGAUACAACCAGGCAGCAGCUCUCUCUGGGGAGAAUGCUAACACUGUCUGCAAACAGGAGACUGAGCCCUCCUCCACAGAACAGGCUACGAGCUCAGGCGACUGGGCUGAAGAAGACGAAGAUGCAGAAGACAGCAGCAAGGAGACAGAGAAAGGAGGAGAGAACUCCAGUCAAAAACACUCACAGGUUGUUGCUACUCUCACGUGGUAAGACGUUAUUUCUAACCUCACAUAGAUUACUUACCUACUUGUGU